GUGUAUGUGGCCAGAAAAAGGGGGAUUCCUACUGCAAAGUUCACAGUAACAAAGUACAGUCGAUUCUACCUAGGAUGAAGAGUUAAAGAAAUAUGAAGGAAUGUACACCAGUGAGCUGAUGUCUCUUCUUGCAAAGUUCAAGACCUCUAAAAAUUAGUUCCUAACUGCAGAUUUAUGGAUCAAAUCAUAGUGGAACAACAUGCAGCAGUCUUUAAAUCUCCACCUACAUUUCUUAUUUGUUUCAGCCCUUGCUGGGAGUGUGUUGCAUUGUUGCGCUGGGGCAACUGAAUUAGCUCCAGAAUGCUUGCCAGAAGGCCAUCAUGUUCUGCACAAUGCCUAUCGUAGCAUCAGUUUUGAUUCUCUGGAAUUGCAGGAAACAUCUAUUCAGGACAUGGUCUGCGAUCAUUCACUUCCACAAGGGUGGUACCGCUUCAUGAUUGACAACAAACCUGCAGAAAUGCCAACAAAGUGCAUAGAAAUGAACAAAUGUGGAACCCAAGCUCCGGUCUGGCUGUCCCUUGAAUCUGGCCGCCUGCCACACCCUGGGGAAAGAAGGCCUCUGACAGCUUGUGCUACCUGGCAGUUCUCUUUUGGAAGCACCAAGGACUGUUGUCUGUUCCGAAUACCUGUUUCUGUUAGACACUGUGGAAGCUUCUUCAUUUAUCUCUUGCAACCGACUCAAGGAUGUAUGGGUUACUGUGCAGAAGUAGUUGAAGAACCACAAGUAAAUAAUUUUGAUCCAAGAGGAACUGAGCUAGAAGAUAUCUUUCCAGGACAAUUCCAUAACUCAGCUUUGCAACCCAUAGUCACACCUGAGCUUUUGGGAGCCCGUGUCUACCUCAAAUGCACCUUUGGCAGGCCAUCUGCAGAUCCAUCUACGAGCUACAUGGUGGUCUGGUCACGCCUUUCUAGAUCUGGCAUGAAAGAGCAGGUUCAGCGUGAGACAACUCUGCAGACAUUCUCGUACGUGGAGAUGGAUGGCGUUAAUUUCAGAUUGGGAGAUACGUUUGUGCCUGAGUCCUUACAAAUUGCUGAGGAUGGCAAGGAGCAUAUUUUGACAAUACUAAGUACCAUCCCUAUUACCUGUCUGGGCCAGGAUGACAUCUGUAAAAUUACUUUGCAGCUGAGUACUGGAGAUUCUGUCAUCAGCCUAGGCAUUAUUGUCUUGUAUAGAAUAACCCCUCCAAGUUCUUUGAUAAGAGAUCUUGAAGUUCUAACCUUGGAGCUUCAGGUCAUCUCCUGA